CGCAGCCCCGCCGGCCGCGCGCCCUGCCCGGCUCCCCCGGGCUCCCCCCGGCUCCCCCCGGCCCCUCUGCCCCCCGGCUGCCCCCGCCGCCGGGAUGCUGCCGGGCGCCGCGCCCAGGCGCUGAGCCGCCGCCGGAGUCGGACCGCUCCUGCAGCCCCCGGAGGGCGCAUCGCGCUGCGGUCACCUUGCAGGGAGGAAGUACUUUGGGAAGAUUUAAUCUCAUGUUAAGGAUUUGGCCUUAGAGGAUCAAAUAUGAAACUCUUUGAAGUCAGGAGCAUUUCUGUGAUUUGGAUCAGGCAUAGAAACAAGAUCCUGAGCUCACUGUUGAUAUGACAGAUACAUCCAUACUUCAAAAAGCAGGUUUCAUGAGAGCAAAACUGGUGUCCUGGUGAGAAGUUAUUUUGGCCAGAAGAAAAUGGGAGACUCUGCUCCAGUGUGACCCGUUUCUAAGGUGCAACAAAUAAAGACCACCCAUCCCAUUCCCUCAGACACCUCCCAGUAUGGAUGGUUUGGUUGAACAGAACAGUGUGCUAAUGCACAAUAAGAUAGCUGAAGCCGGGAAAAGGAAUGGUUUAAUUAAUACGAGGAACUUAGUGGCAGAGAGUCGAGAUGGUCUGGUCUCUGUGUACCCAACUCCCCAGUACCAAGGCCACCGAGUGAGGAGCCUUUCCUCGCAGAGCUGCCUGGAGAAUGGCAGGAAUGACCCCGUGCAACAGCUUCUGGAUCCCAACAUGCUGCAGCAGACCGUGGAGUCUCACUACCGGCCCAACAUCAUCCUCUACUCAGAGAACAUGCUGCGCUCAUGGGGGGAGAGCAUCAGCUCUGAGUGCUGUGAAACUACCUUCAUCGAAGACCGCUCCCCCACCAAAGACAGCUUGGAGUACCCAGAUGGCAAAUUUAUUGACCUCUCAGCAGAUGACAUCAAGAUUCACACCCUCUCCUAUGAUGUGGAGGAAGAAGAGGAUUUCCAGGAACUAGAGAGUGAUUACUCAAGUGACACUGAGAGCGAAGACAAUUUCCUGAUGAUGCCGCCAAGAGAUCAUCUCGGCCUCACUGUGUUCUCCAUGCUCUGCUGCUUCUGGCCACUGGGAAUUGCUGCUUUUUACCUAUCUCAUGAGGACCCAGAGGCAAAUCCUGACUUCACCCUUCUCCCACCCGCAUCUUUAGGAAAGGCUCUGGAGUCCUUUUCCUCAGUGAAAACAAACAAAGCAGUAGCCAAGGGGGACUUCCACCAUGCAAGCUCCAGCUCCCGGCGAGCACUCUUCCUAGCUGUGCUGUCCAUCACAAUCGGAACUGGCAUCUACGUUGGGGUGGCCGUGGCUCUCAUUGCCUAUCUAUCCAAAAACAACCAUUUAUGAGCCUCAGGAAAGGGGAGAACCAGCCACCUGGAACCACACUACAGAAUUCCCCAGCAGAUCAGACUGCAUGGUUUUCCAAAACAAUUAAGAGACAAACAAACACCUCCUGGGGGCAGGUACUGGAUAAGAUGGUCUUGUGCAUUAUUGUAGGGUGGGAAGGUAGGCUGAGGUGAGGAUAGUUCCACUGUUUUUGAUACACAAGUCUUGCUUCUCUUCAUGAACACCUCUACAAGAAUGAAGAAAAGGAAGGAAGGAAGGAAGGAAAAGAAAGAAAGAAAGAGGAAGAAAGGAAGAAAGAGAAAAAAAUAAUUUGAGCUUGAGGGGGAUGGGGUGUUUGGCUUUGCUUUGUUUGCAAUAUGGUGUUUACAAUAAGUUGGCAUCCUAGCUGUUCUCUGAAUACCUUAUCAGUGACCUGAACUUUACAGCCAGCAUGAGCUUGUGCUUAGUUUGCUUCUUAAGCACGGCACCAAGAUCUGGAAAAGCAUGGACAGUGGCUCAUUCUCUGAAAGACCAGUAUAACAAUAGCAGGAAGCAUAUAUUUUCUUUUUUGUUGUUUUUUUUGAAUGCAGGACUCAUUUGCCUAAGGGUGAAGCAGAGAUGUCAACAUAGAAUGUUAUUGCCUACUCUUCUUGUGUUGGUAGGUUUCCGUGGAAGCAGAAAAGGAAAUGAAAAAUAUUUUUGUUUCCUUUCCUUGUUUUUGUAUUAAAAUGUGAUCCACAGGCCCACCCAGUGCAGAAUAGCUGGGGUUACUGCAUGACUUGGCUCCGCAGACUGAGUGUGAGGUCAAAGUAGCAUGGGAUCUGUUGUGAAAUGAAUUCCUCCAUCUAGUCACACCGUGAUAAUGGCACAUCCUGUGGCACGUUGCUCAUUUGGGUUGUUCCACCUUACUGUGGAGACCUGCGCAGAAGUAAAUACAAGAAACCUAGAAGAAAAAAGUGCAAACUGAAAUACUAAUGAAUUUAAAAUUUAAAAUCAUGGAAAAGCAUGGGAAUUAACCAGGCGAAGGAAUGUUUCCUACAUUUUGAAGUACUGCUCAGACACAGAGCAGUGAAUGAGAUCACUCAGAUUACAAGCUCACAGCUCAUCCAUGGACCAGGGACCCUCAGCAUAGCCGUGGAGGGAUAACACGUGACAUUAUCUUGCUGUGCUGCCCCAUAAUGGUAUAUUGUAAGGGAGUUGAACAUUGUUCUUAUUUCACCAACUGCAAUGACGCAUUUAUUUUCUUCUUUACUCCUUCACCACAGUCACCCCUUUUAUUUUGUUGUCUUCCGGAUCUAUUAUUUCAUCCCACCAAGGAUUUAUCAGAAGAUACAUAUGUAUGUAUAUACAUAUAGAGAGAGGAAAAAAACCUGAUCAAAACAAUAAGGAUUUUAUUAUUCAUUACCUCGUGUUUUAUCAAUAUAAUUUCUUUACCCAAGAAUGUGAUCAAAGGCCUUUUGUUCCAACUCUGUAUUUUGUGUCUGUCUUGCUCUGGGACAAAUUUUUUUCUUCUGUUUUGGGACUGGUGUUGUUUUGAUUUUUGUUUUGAAUUUUUUUUUUAGGGGGGAGGAUUAGCACAUCCAAAACUAUUUUUCUGCUAGUUAUACAGUUUAUUAAAACACAUGGUAUACAACUGCU